AUGGAAGGUUCCAUUAUCGGCUUCAAGCGGUUGGCAAAUCACUCCUGGUUUGAUUUCAGUGGAGUAUUUGCUAUAUCACAUACAACGGUCGAGAAUUACAAACAAUCUGCUGCGAUUCAAACGCUCAUGACACAAGUUAAAUACAAUGUUACUGGUGGUUUGACUGGGCUGGACGACCAUGCUUGUGCUCUUCUGAUUUAUAACACGAAGCUUUCCAACAAGUUAGCGUAUGGGAAACUUUACGCGCUCAAGGGAUUUCUUGUCGGCGCAAAAAGACACGAAAUGCCUUUUUUUAUGUGUGACAUCGAUGGAAAACAUGAGGUACCCGAAAACUAUCCAAAACAAGACAUUCAAAUUAGGUCCCUUGGUCGUGUCGACAAACCUCUCAGUGAUCUUGAUAAUCAACAACAUGAAAGCACCAUAUCUGUUGUUGUUCGCCAUGACGGUGUCAAUGAAGAUGACGAAGAAGAUCAAAGCAUUUUAGUUGAAUACGUCGUCCCUUGGAAUAAUUCUGCUAAAACGUUUUCCAAGGCUUUUACGGUUGGCAGACAAGUUUUGUUCUGUGGGACGUUAGGAGGGUGGAGUCGAAGGCUUGACAUGAUGAGCGUCAAGGUGACUAGCUGGUAUCUUCACGACGGACAAGUCGGGAAAUAG